AUGUCUGGUCCUAUCAAGAAGGUCGUUGUGCUCGGGGCGACAGGCAACGUCGGCAAACCCAUCACCACCGCGCUGGCUAAAGCUGGGUACACGGUGACGGCGGCCUCGCGCAGCCCGGGGCAAAAGUUCCCAGACUUCCCCGAAAUCAUCUCGGCCGUCGUCGACUAUGGCUCGCUCUCAGACCUGACGGCCCUCUUCACCGGCCAGGACGCCGUGGUGGAGGCUAUCCCGCCCAACGCCCUGCACAUGCAGGCCACCAUCGUCGAAGCGUGCAUCGCCUCUGGUACGGUCAAACACAUCAUCACCCCGGAUUUCGCGGGCGACACGUUCAACGAGCACAUCACCGAGUUACCCCUGUAUGUGCCCAAGGUGGAGGCGCAAAAGGUCUUGGAGGACAAGUUGGAAGGCACAAAGGUGCGCUGGAGCGCCAUUAUCACGGGAGGCUGGUAUGACUGGGCCAUUCCCCUGGGCUACUACUGGAUUAACCCGCGCACGAACACCCUCGUCGUCUACGGCAGCGGCGACCAGCUCAACAGCAUGUGCCGGGUGUCCACCGCCGCGCAGGCCGUCUCCGACGUGUUCCGGCAGCCCGAGAAGUACGCAAACCGCCCCGUCUACGUCGCCGACCACACCGUGAGCAUGAACCAACUGAUUCCGAUCCUCGAGGAGAUCAAGCCAGGCUGGCAGAUCCAGAGGGUCGACCUGGACGAGUUCUUCGCCACCGCGAAGAGAAUGUGGGAUGAGGAUACGGAGAAAGGGGUCGAGAAGCGCUUGUUGACUCCUGCGUACAACAUGUUAGGAACCUACGGCAUCUUCGAAGAGCAUAACCGAUACAACGCUGACUUCGAACGCUUGAUCGAGCCCGGGUCCGGGUAUCAGAAAACGCUGGAGGAAUUGAAGGAGGAGUUGAAGACGCUGGUUGCGUGA